UGCUCUUCAAUCAAACUCUCGCUUUCAGUGAUCCAGAUACCACUUCACUCUUAAACACUGCCAAAAGAUGUUCAAGAUCCUACCAAUGCUCGUUCUGGGAUUCAUUGCCUGCACUUGGGCUUUGCCCAUUAAUGAGGACGAAAGAAAACCCGAAAAUGUGGAAAUAUUAAAAUCAGAAAUUAAUAAAUAUUCAGACGGCAGCUAUGGGGUUGAUAAUCUGUCUUCUGAUGGAACUGGGCGCAUGGAAAAUGCCAAGUUUCAGUAUACCGAAGACGGUAAACCGGUCCUUGAAGUUGAAGGAUCCUAUACAUACUUGAAUGAGUUCGGCGAAACUGUUGAGGUACACUACACAGCUGGAGUUAAUGGAUUUGUGCCCAGAGGUAAUUUUAUCCAUAAGGAUAUCUCCGAUGUUGCUGAGGCUGCAAAGGAUUUACCAAAAUACGAGGAGCUGUUGCAGAAUGCGGCACAAUCUACAUAAUUUAUAGAUAUAGAUAAUUGUGUUACUUUCAACUGCCAGCGAUAUAAUUGAAUAAACAACUUGUCAGCGAAA